AUGGUUUCAUUAUCGAACAGUCAAGAGUCUGGGUUGGUUGCCGUCGGCUUCGCGAUGAGAAUGAAGACGAACAAUGGGGCAAGGAACGGGUCCAAAAAGCUUAUUGGGUUAGCCACGCCCAACCAAGCCGUCACACAUAAUGCCAGUCAAAAUAGUCAAAGAAUUUCCCA